UUAAUUGGGAGGCAGUUCGGAAUGGGAUGUUUGUGUUUGAGGAAGGCCACCUCCUUUCCUUCAGUGCCGCAGGAUGUUAUGAACACUCUCAAGAAACAAACAACACUGAGUCGAAGUCAAAUAAAGUAUCUUUACAUUCGUUUCUACCAGUUUUCAGGAGGAGGCAAGGAUCCUCCGGGUGAGCUGUACAAAUACAAUUUUUAUUCUGGGCUCCUGCAACUGAAUCCAUUGCUGCCCACCAUCUUGAACUCAAUGUUCGGGGAUAAGGUGACAAUCAGCUUUUUGGAUUUCGCCCUUUUUCUGAGUACCUUUCAGGCUCACUCGCUAAAAACCAGCAGAACGCUAAAGAACGCAACUAUGGACAGAAAGUUACGAUUACUCUUCAACAUGUACGAUCAUAACAAAGAUGGUCGCAUCACAAAGUAUGAUUUGGUUAUAGUGGUCCACAAACUUUUCUCAAAUCUUUUGGAUCAUGUGCAAAUAAUGCGCAUAGUGGACACAAUGAUGAAGGAAAUGGACAAAUCGGACUCAAACCAAAUACUAUUUGUCGACUUCUGCAAAGCGUUGGAGGUCUUUGACAUGACCGAAAUGAUGGUCACCUGGAUACCCGAAUUCCACGGUAGAACCUCUGAUGAUUUACACUGAUCAAUUAUUUU